AUGGAGAGUGGAAAUGCCAAUGGAAGGAAGGAAGGUAGACUAGUGGUCUAUUUCAACAAAGAAUAUAAGACUUUUCAGCUAACAAAUAUUAAAGGAGUAGCCCUUAGAUCCUAUAGAACAAACCAAAAUCACCUGCAUUUAACUUUUCAAAAUGACAACUUCUUGUUUAUUGACAGAUUGUCCUGCAGAGAUGCCAAAGAGUUGAAGAUGUUUCUGGAUUGAGUCCAUCAAAAUAAUCUUCAACCACCUAUGGGGUCUGAAAUGGGUAGUGGUGUCUUUUCCAGCAUGACAGCUGAGAAGAAAAGCAAGGAAAAGUCAUUCUGCAAAGUGAGUAUGACGUCAAGGAAUGAACCUUCUGAGGCAGAAGAAGGAAACAGAGCACUUGACCUUCAGAAGCUACUUUUAUUGGUAUCAAAGUCAUUAACAGACCCCUGUGAAGAGUUACAGGAUAAGGGAUGUGAGAUGAGGGAAAGGAUGCUCUCCUCUGGCUCAGAGUUAAAGGGAUUCCUGAAAAACACAAGGAAAAGGAAGUUCGUGAGCGACCGCCUGAGGCAGUUAAGCCCCCAAAAUAAAGUAUUAACGUCAGAAAAGACAGAAGAGGAUAAGAAAUUAGAAUUUCAGCUUUUAUUCAAAGCCAGUUUUUUAAGAGACCCUUCUGUAGAGGGCACUGUGUUCUUCCAAAAUCUCUCUGAGAAACUGUAUUUGGCAUUUCUGUUGGGACUAAAGUAUUGUAACGAUAACUCAGAGUGGAAAAAACUCAGAAAGACCUUGGGCUUUUACCCACAGAAACUGUCACAGGGCCUCAUCAACUUGGGGAACACCUGUUACAUGAAUGCAGUUUUACAGGCUCUCUUUUCAAUUCCAUCCUUUGCUGAAGACUUACUUAAUCACAGUUUCUACUGGAGCAGCGCUGACCUCAAUGCUUUUAACAUGUGCAUGACAGAACUGCUGAUUAUAAAAGAUGUGGAUAUCAUAAAAGUCAAGAAGCUGUUACUUAAGAAUAUUAAAAGAAAAGUUUCAGCAGUUGCAAGUUCAUUCUAUGGCAACACAGAAAAUGAUGCUUAUGAGUUUUUAAGUCACUGUUUAGAUCUGAUGCAAAGGAACAAGGGCAAAUUAAGCACAGUCAGGCAGAGGAAAACGGAAUCUGAGGAAGAAAAUUCACCUCAACAAGUUUUUGCUGACAGUGCUGCCACCAACCUGCUCGCCUGCCCUGUCAUCAGCAAUUUUGAAUUUGAGGUGCUGUUCUCUCUUACUUGUAAAGAGUGUAGUCACAUUGUUCACAAAACAGAAGUGUGUAAUUCUCUCUCCAUCAACAUUCCCUCAAAAAGCAAAGCACUUCCUGUGUCUAUUCAGUCUGCUUUUGAUUAUUUCUUCGAACCAGAAGAGCUUGAGUAUAAAUGUGAGAAGUGUAAGUGCAAUUAUUCUCUUGCAAAGCACAAGUUCAGUAGGCUACCCAGGAUCCUUAUUGUUCAUCUGAAACGCUAUACCUUAAAUAAGUUUUACGCACUGAGUAAGGAUGACCAGAAGGUGGCUAUUCCCAGAUAUUUAAUGUUAUCUUCUCAUUGCAGUGAAAACAUCAAAUCACCUAUUCCCUUGAGCAAGAAUGCACAUAGCAGGGAAUCCCAAAUUUUUAAAUUAUUUGAUAAAACGUAUUCUGAACUCAUCAGUUCAUUGACACCUUCAACAAACUUGACCUCGGCAUCCCAAGAGUCCCUGGCUCCACACAUUGGAUCAGACAAAGAAUCUGAACCACAGAAGCACAAGAUGCCCUGUAAAGGGUCGAGCAGUGAACAGCAGCAAACAGGCCCGGGAACUAAACCGAGUACAGUGGAGUUCAAAUUGACAAACUCAGGAGAUGGAGCAGUCCCUGAAGAAAAGCUGUUAGCAGCUGACUUAAUGAUGAAUCUAGAAAACACCUUUGCUUCUCUGAAGCUUGAAAAUGAAGGUAAACCCAGUAACGACCCAGAUGCAUCUCUUGCAGAAGUUCCUCCUGAAGAAAUUCUUGCAAAUCCAAAAGAGAAGAGAGAUGAGAAAGGCAAUGAGUGUGUAGAUUUUGAGACGGUCUCAAAUAGUACUGAAAAUUUUUCUGAAGAUAAAAAAAACAGAAUUAUAGAAGAAUUCCAAAAAGUGGCUGAACAGAUCCAACAGUCUAAAAGGGUGAGACUCUAUAAACAAACCCUUCAGCUGGCACUGCUUCAAAGCCUUCCGAAUCCAAAUGCCCAGGGGUGCACAGAGAACCUCAGAACACCUAAAACAUCGAGUCUCCAGAAAGCCAAUGUGAAGUCUGUAGGUGCACUGGGUUCCAAUGAAAAACCUGGGAAGAAAGAUGUGAAGGAGACAGAACCAGAACCUAAGGCAAAGGAACACAGAAGAAAUACCAAGGUGAAAGAUAGUCAUGCCUAUCAGCUCAUUGCUGUUGUCAGCCACCUUGGGGACACUUCCAGUACAGGCCAUUAUAUCAGUGAUGCCUAUGACUUUGAGAGGCAAAGGUGGUUCACUUACAAUGAUACGCAUGUAUCAAGAAUCCGAAAGGAUCUUAUGCAGGAGGCUAGGCUUCGCACCGGGUACGUCUUCUUUUAUAUGCACAAUAAGAUCUUUGAAGAGCUGUUGGAAAGGGAAAAGAAUUCCCAAUGUGGCAGCAAAAAGGCAGAGGGGACCCCUCAGAAGAAAUAA